GGAAAAGGAGCGAAGAGAGAGAGAGACGCAGGACCGCCGGCGACGAUCGAGGAGGGAGGAACCAGAUACCCGGCGGCGGCGAUCGAUGGCUCCGCGCAGCUCAUCGGCGGCGACGUGCCUGUGCCUCGCUCUCGCCGCGGCCACGCUGGCGCUGGCCCACGGGGCGCAAGGAGGAGGACCAUCGGCAUCGGCGGCGGACCUGGACAAGGUCACGGCCGAGACCUUCUUGGACAUCGAGAUCGACGGCAAGCCUGCAGGCCGGAUCGUGCUGGGACUGUUUGGGGACACCGUUCCUAAAACAGCAGAGAACUUCCGAGCACUUUGCACAGGGGAGAAAGGAAUUGCCAAGUCCGGCAAGCCUCUGUGGUACAAGGGGUCGACGUUCCACAGGAUCAUCCCGGGGUUCAUGAUCCAGGGAGGCGACUUCACCAACGGCAACGGCACGGGGGGCGAGUCCAUCUACGGCAGCACCAUCUUCUCCGACGAGAACUUCAAGCACACCCACGCUAAAGCCGGUACGCUGUCCAUGGCUAACUACGGGCCCGACUCCAAUGGCUCCCAGUUCUUCAUCACCACCGUAGACGAAAACCGGUUGCCCAAGAAGCUGGACGGGCGCCACGUGGUGUUCGGCAAGGUGGUGAAAGGGAUGGACGUCGUGCGCAAGAUCGAAGCCGAGGGCCAGCUCACCGGCGUGCCCAAGGCCAAGGUCGUCAUAGCCAACAGCGGCCAGCUGCCAGCGCCCGCCGCCGCCGGCCAUCGUGACCUCUGAUCGAUGACGAGGAGAACGACUCACUGCACGAUCCAUCAAUCCGAUCGAUCUGUCUUGUUCGUUAAGAAACCAAACGUGUGCAUGGUUAAUUAUAUAAGACGUGCUCUUCUUCAGAUCAUGGUGAAUUGAAAGACUGCCAAAUUAAGGCCACUUGUGUUGCUUUGAUUGUACGGAGAGAUCAUGCUGACGUGUACGUACGUGUACCGAGAUCCGUUUCAAAUGCAUGCUUUGAUUGUACAGAGAGUGGCUCGUUUGGCAUAUAGCUCCGCUACAUGAUUCUCUAAUAGGGUAAUUCCGUGUGAUUCUCUAACAAAAGUGAAUCUGCUAUUUGA